GUUUUCCUGCCUUAUAACCUCUGUAUUUGUAAUUUUAAAGCAUUUAUAUUCCCAUAAGGAUGCGAUCUGAUUAUAUAGUCAGUUUUACUAUUAUUUGUGAGUGUGGCUCUAUGUUGUGUCCUGUCGCAACAUUUAAAACACUUAUAAGCUAACUUAGCUAUAUGCUACUGUCAACAUCUGAACAGGAGAGACGCCGCUGAUGCGUAGUAGAGAACCGUCUCAUGGCUUCAACUUCUGCUACUGAAAGUGCAAAAUGGUGUGAAGGCGACACCUGUCUAGCUCCAGACCCAAAAGAUGGCAUGCUACGAGAAGCGACGAUUCGUAGACUUUGUCCUUCCUCUUCCACCUCUGACCAUUCCAAUACAGCCUGGGUAACAUUUAAGGACGGCACAGAUGGAGUGGAGGAAUUCGUGCCUGUGUCUAAACUAAAAAAGACUGAAGCAAAUAGUUUAACCAAGGAGAAACCCUUCUUCCCUGGUACUGUGAUCAACUCUAACUUGUGUGUGCCUUUAGAGCUAAAUUAUGAAGACAAAGUACCUUACACAAUCAAUAGGUACUUGCGAGAUUACCAGAGAGAAGGAAUCAAGUUCAUCUACAGCAACUACAUCAGUUCUAGAGGAUGUGUCUUGGGAGACGACAUGGGCCUAGGCAAAACAGUGCAGGUAAUUGGCUUUCUCGCUGCUGUAUUACAUAAAAAAGGAACAUGGGAGGAUGAAGAGAACAACCGACCAUCCUUUCUGCAGAGCCAGACUGGUUAUAAGCAAACUUAUGCAAGCAAGGUCUUCCUUGUUGUGGCCCCUUUAUCAGUGCUGUAUAACUGGAAGGAUGAACUGGAGACGUGGGGUCACUUCCAGUGUGUCGUAGUCCAUGGGCUGAGGAAAGAGGAGGAGCUGAACCGUGUUAGAAAGGGCCGUAUUGAGAUUGCACUCACAACUUAUGAGACACUUCGUCUUUGUCUGAAUCUUUUUAAUGACAUUGAUUGGUCUGCUGUUAUAGUAGAUGAGGCUCAUAAAAUAAAGAAUCCGAACUCUCAGAUUACACAGGCCAUGAAGGAGCUCAACUGUCAGAUUCGAAUUGGCCUCACUGGAACAGUUUUGCAGAAUAACCUUGAGGAGCUGUGGUGUGUUAUGGAUUGGGCUGUGCCGAAAUGCCUUGGGAGCUUGGGACACUUCAAAACUAAAUUUUCGGAGCCGAUAGAACAAGGACAGAAGCACAACGCUACCAAACGCGCUCUCGCCACUGGGAGAAAAACUGUCCAAGGAUUAGUCAAGAAGAUUUCACACUAUUUUCUUAGAAGAACAAAAGCUCUCAUCAAGGAACAGCUGCCUAAGAAGAACGACAGGGUGGUGUACUGCUCCCUGACGGACUUUCAGCAGACAGUGUACCAGGCAGUUCUGGACAGUGAAGAUGUGACGUUACUCCUGAGGUCAUCUGAAAAAUGUGACUGUGGAAAUGGACACUCCAGGAGGCGCUGCUGCUACCGAGCCAAUUCUGAAGGGGUUGAGAUGAGAAAACUUUACUUCACAUAUUUGGCCAUAUUGAGAAAAAUUGCCAACCAUGUGGCUUUGCUCCAGUCCAGCCCUGGGACCAGUAAGAACCAGGAAAAGUACACAGGUGUCAUUUGUGAGAAUGUGUUCCAACAGUUUCCAGACUUUGUGCAAAGAUGUAAACAUGAAUCGUUUGAAGCCUUAUCAGACCCAAUGUACAGUGGCAAAAUGAAGGUUUUACAAAAGCUGUUGCAUCACUACCGUCAACAAAAAGAUAAAGUACUUCUGUUUUCUCUUUCAACAAAGUUGUUGGAUGUUCUGGAAAGUUACUGCAUGGCUGAAGGUUUGGACUACAGCAGAUUAGACGGGAACACCAAAUCCAAGGAGAGGGUCCAGAUUGUCAAAGAGUUCAAUGGCUCCUCUCAUAUAAACAUAUGCCUCAUUUCUACCAUGGCAGGUGGACUCGGUCUAAACUUUGUUGGAGCUAAUGUGGUCAUUUUGUUCGACCCGACUUGGAACCCUGCCAAUGAUCUUCAGGCUAUUGACAGAGCAUACCGCAUUGGCCAGUGUCGGGAUGUCACAGUUCUCAGGCUCAUCUCAUUGGGAACGGUGGAAGAAGUGAUUUACCUGAGACAAGUUUACAAACAGCAACUUUACUCAUCAGUUGUGGCAGCGGAGAGUGCACGGCGGUACUUUGAAGCGGUACAGGGGAAUGACACACAGAAGGGCGAGCUGUUUGGCAUCAAAAACCUCUUUAGACUCAAGACUCAGGGGACAUGCCUCACACGUCAGAUCUUGGAGAGAGAAGGGCAAGUGGAGGCUGGGCUAACAACAACUCGAACCCACAUGAGGGAAGAGAAAGAAGAGGCUAAGGUGCUGAUGGAACCUGAAAACGCCACUCCUGGAGGAGUACUGGACUUCAGCAGUGAUGAUGAUAAUGAUGAUGAAGAUGGGAUUGCAAAGAAGACAUCAGACUUCAACACAACUGAAGGUGCUACCUCUACUCCAGGAAGAAUGAUCUUUUUAGAACAUUCAAAACUGCUGCAAAGAGUUAUGGGAACCCCAGAACCGGCCAAUGGAGAUAGCUCCAAUAUUGACGAAAGCAGUUCUGAUGAAGAUGAUCCAUGUUCCUCCAAUGAGUCCAACUUUACAACUGUGAAGGACUCUGACAAGAUGAAGAAAGAUAUAUUUAAAAUAUUGAGUGACUCUGAGCCAGAUGAAAAUGACGUAUCAAAGAAAGAACAGAAUUCCCAAACAAAAAAGCAUGAAGCGUAUGUCGUAUUUCAAAGUUACACAGACGAAUCUGAAGACCUGGAUGUAGAGGCGAUGACUUUAAAUCGAAAGAAAGCGCCCAAAAGAACUGCCACAUCAGAUGAAAGAAGUAAAACGAGACAGAAACGUGGUCCAAGUAAAGUCAAAUUUACAGAAGAGAUUGAGGCAUUUCCAUCAUCUGAGGACAAACGUACGAGCAAGAACCCUAGACCUUUAAAUAAACCAGGGUUUGUGACACCAAAAAAACAAGAUGGAGUCUCCAAAACACAUUUAGCUUCCCCUCAGUCCAAGAAUGGGAGCAUUGACGCUGUGCUAGGUGGUGUCCAGGAAGUAGCCUACACCCACUCCAACCAGAGAAUAGUGGGAGGGAGCAGAGCUGAGGAGCUGAUCAGCAGAGCGGCAGUUAGAGAUGUUUUUGAGCUCAAGAUAUUCUCUCAAAUGCAAGCCAACAAUCUCUUGGGCACACGGGAGACCCUCUCGGAGAGUCUCCCUGAAGGCCCCCCGAUGCAAAGCAGAACUUCCGCCGCGAGCAUUAUCCAGAGAGUGAGAGCAGAGCAUCCAGUAACAUUCAGGAGCAGAACCACAAACCAGACGAGACAUACUACGUUUAUCAUUGGAGAAACACCUCAGACUAUUUGCAGACAACAGUUGGGGGAUAUGGCCACAAAGUUCCAGUUCUCUUCAGUUGAACAGUUUGCUACAGAAGUUCUAAAGAGCACCUCAAACCAAAGACUGUCCUGGUUACGACAAUACUACUCUUUACUGGAUCACGCUGAUUUGGCCAAUAUGAUCACCAUGCACUUUCCACUUCCUGUUUCUACAAAAUCCUCCUCUUUUACCUCUUCUACCUCUGCAAAGGUUCCUUGUAAUGAAACUACCAAACCAAUCACAAACACUACUUCAAGUCCGAAGAAGGGGAGCAAAAGGUCAAAUUAUCAUGAAGCAAAGUUGAAAGUUCAUGCGAAAAAGCCAAAGAACGAAUUUGAGAAUAUACCAAGCCCAGAGGCAGACUGGCCUGAGGAAAACGUUGAGAUCACCACCGAAUUCAUAAAGAAAAGAAUGAAAAAAGAUUGUCGUGCCUUAUACCAGACCAAUUUUGAAGCUAACAAACAAACAAAAGUUAGCGCAAAGUCACCUGCUCUGCUAGCCAAGUCGACAUUUCAACAAACAAAAGAUCUGUUUCAGAAUAUUCCCAGUCCCGAAGCAGACUGGCCUGAGGAAAAAGUCGAGAUUGCCACCGAAUUCAUAAAGAAAAUAAUGAAAAAAGAUAGUGAUACCUUUAUCUCAACCACAUUUUCCAAUAACAGAGAUUUGCAAAUGAGCCCUAACUCACCUGCUGAUUCCAAAAUUCCUAGAUUCCAAGAAACAAUGGAUAAACCAACAAUUUCCCCAAAUUCCCAAGAUCCGAAAACAAACUGUGAAUCUUCAGCUAGCACAAAUGACAAGUCUUUUCUUAUAGAUCUAAUAGGAGACACCUCAAUACUUGACGAUUUGUUUAAACCUAAAAAGAACCUGCCCAAAACUGCAGACUCAACCUCAGAACUGACCAGCAAACCGCCACCUUCUAAUAAGAAAUCUCCUUCUUGUUCAAAGGCUCCAAUAGCAGCUUUGUGUGAGGGCAGUUCUUCCAAAAUCCCAUUGAAAAAGACCUCCAAGGACUUAUGGGACAUCCUGCAGGAGGGGAACGAAGCAAGUUUAAAUAGACUUACGGACCCAGGUGAAGUUCAGAGGGUCUGCAUCACAGCGAGGCAGCACUACAAACAAGAGGAGAGUGAAAGCCUAUGGAAAACCAAUGAGAGAUUCAUAUGGAAGAAAUAAUUCCCUUUUCUAGUGUUUUAAAGGUGCACUUUGUAACUUUUUUGAUGUAGGAUCUGUUGCCUGCUUGUCUCCGUGGAGAUUUUUUUAUGCAUUGCAUAGGAUUUUACACAGUAUGACAUUAAAUCUAUCUAUGCAUUGAUGUAAUUCCAGGUGUUGUUUUUUUUAAAAAAUGUAUAUUGUGGAACAUUUCAGGCAAAGCAAUAACUUCAUGGAGACAAGCAGGUGUUGGAGAUUUUAAAGAUGCAUAUAAUUUUAGAUUGUUUUUUUUACCUCAUGUUCUCAACCUUUUUAACUCUAUUUUAAUUUCUUGCAAAACAUUGAUGAGGUAUUCAAGGUAUUCUAUUACAAUAAUUCCAGUUUACAGUUGUGGCUUGAUUACAUGUGAUUUGUUUGAAUGUUUAAAGCCUUGCAGCUGCUGGGAAGUGUCUCUCUUUUAUUAUCUUUUUAAACUUUGUAUACUGUGUUUUAUUUUUUAAGUACAGGUCCUGGAAAUUUGUAAUAUUUUAAUGUGCACUGCCUCAGUCACUUUGUAAAGGAAAAAAAUGUUCACUAUGAACUAUUUACGAUCAAUUUUACAAUAUGCCGGGUGUCCAUAAAAUCUCUUUCCAAUAAAAAAUAUAUAUAUUACGUGCACAAUUGAUCAGAUAUCUUGUUCUAUUGUCCUGUGGUUUCCAAAGUGUUUGAGCUCAUUUAAUACACAUUAAGAUGGGACUGCAUUUCUUGCCAUGUUCGCUGUAGUAUAACCUCAUCAUUGGUUCAUUUGCAUCUGUUAUCUUUUGCUUUAGUUCAGUAAUGUCUGAACUAAGGAUAUCUUUAACAUAGCACCAUAGAAAGAAAUCUAGAGGUGUGAUCUAGUAUUGGUCCAUCCCUUCCAAUCCAAUGGUCUGGAAGUGUUUGAUUGAGGAACUCACAAACAUGAAGACCCCAAUAUGAUUUAAAAACUUUUAUUCUAUUGUACUCAGUGGUUAUAAAUCUAAAUCAUAUAUCUUAUCAAUUGUCUGUAAUUAAAUGUUAAAAUUGUAAAGAGACUUUAUGGGCACCCUGUAUAAUCAUUUAUACAAUACUAUAUUUGGAUAAUAUUAGUAUACACUGGGCCUGUCAUGAAGUUUACUGUAUAUAGCCUUGAAUAUAUGAAAGCUGGAACAAAAAGUGGAAGAUUUGGGGGAUUUUUGUUAAAAAGUGACUUCUAUGGCUAAUGAUUAAUUCUGUUAUUUAUAUUUAUAUUCAUUGAUUGAGCUAGAACAGUGGUUCUUAACCUUGUUGGAGGUACUGAACCCCACCAGUUUCAUAUGCACAUUCACCGAACUCUUCUUUAUUGAACAAUAAAAUAUGAUUUUUUUCAAAUUC